UAAGCGCCCAGCGAUUCAAAAGUGUUUUGCUUGCUUAAGUGCGCGGUACUACCCAAAAUUCUAAUUCAAGUUCUUAAAUACUACUUAACAUUUAAUUUUCUUCAAAAUGAGAAUCCUUGCGGAGAACCAUAUCCAUCUUCUGGACCCUUCGGAACUGAUGCGCCCUGAGCCCACAUUUGCCGACAAGAAUCCCUCCAAAUUCCGGGACUACAGUGUGGACACCAACGAUCCCCUAAAGGAACGUGUGCGUCAGACCUAUCGCCAGAUGCACUUGAACCAGACCGUGGACUUUGUCAAGGGUCGCCGCGAUCGCUGGCUGAAGUUCAACACGAUUAAGAUGACUGUGCGCGAGGCUCUGGAGAAGCUGAACGAUCUGGUGGACGAGUCCGAUCCCGACCUGGAUCUGCCCAACAUAAUCCACGCCUUCCAGGCCGCCGAACGGGCACGAGCCGAGUUCCCGGAGCACGAUUGGCUGCACCUGACGGCCCUCAUCCACGAUCUGGGCAAGAUCAUGGCCUUCUACGAUGAGCCCCAGUGGGCGGUGGUCGGAGACACCUUCGCCGUGGGCUGUCGAUGGGGCGACAGCAUUGUUUACCGGGAGGAGAGCUUCGAGGGAAAUCCCGACGGGGAUAAUCCCGCUUAUAACACCGAGUUGGGCAUUUACAAGCCCAACUGUGGUGUGGACAAUCUGCUGAUGUCCUGGGGACACGAUGAGUACAUGUAUUCUGUGCUGAAGCACAACAAGACUAAGCUGCCCCAUGUGGCAUGCAACAUCAUUCGCUUCCACUCGUUUUACCCGUGGCACAACGGCGGCGAUUAUAAGCACCUGGAGGCUCCCCAAGAUGCGGAGACCAAGAAGUGGGUGCUGAUCUUCAAUCGCUACGAUUUGUACACCAAGAGCGAGGUGGUUCCGGAUAUUGAGGCUUUGUGGCCUUAUUAUCAGACUUUGAUCGAUAAAUAUUUGCCAGGAGAGUUGGAGUUCUAAGCAAAUGUUUAAAGAUUUCCUAUUUUAUAGAUCUUAAUUUACCAGCAACCAUUAUUUUUUCAAGCGAUUUAACCCUAUUUCUUAGAUAACACAUAUACUUGUAAUAUAAUAUAAAACAUGUGUAAUACUGUAUAUCCAAUAUAAAAAUUAUGUACAAAUACUAAAAA